GUUCUCGCGGUGUUUGGUGUCGGGGUGCGGGGUUAAACGUGGCUCUGGCGCAGCUCCGUCACUUUCCGCGCAGAAGGAGCCGCGUGCGGAGGAGCCGCGCCGAACCACCGCAGACAUGGUGUUGCUUCACGUGCUGUUCGAGCAUGCCGCCGGCUACGCUCUGUUUGCCGUCAAAGAAGUGGAGGAGAUCGGGAUGCUGCUGCCUCAGGUGGAGGACAGCGUGCUGAGUCUGGCCAAGUUUAACAGCAUCGUGAGUCUGGCAGCGUUCUUCCCCUUUAAAUCUGCUCAGGCGGCUCUGGAAAACAUGAACGCCAUCUCCGAAGGGCUGGUCCACGCGGAUCUCAAACUCUUUCUGGACACAAACCUUCCUCGUUCGGGGAAAAAGAAGCCGAUGUUGGGAGUGUCCGACGCUAAGAUCGGCGCCGCCCUGCAGGAGGAGUUUGGAAUGUCCAUCCAGACCGGAGGAGUGGUGGCGGAGAUACUGAGAGGUGUGCGUCUGCACUUCCACGCCCUGGUGAAGGGUCUGACGGCGGUGGCGGCCUCUAAAGCUCAGCUGGGUUUGGGACACAGUUACUCGAGGGCGAAGGUCAAAUUUAACGUGAACCGAGCGGACAACAUGAUCAUCCAGUCCAUCGCUCUGCUCGACCAGCUGGACAAGGACAUCAACACCUUCUCCAUGAGGGUCCGAGAGUGGUACGGAUAUCACUUCCCGGAGUUGAUAAAGAUCGUUCCUGAUAAUUCCACGUACUGUCGUCUGGCUCAGCUGAUCGGGAACAGGAAGGAGCUGAGUGAGGAGAGUCUGGAGGCUCUGGAGGAGGUGGUGAUGGACGGAGCCAAAGCUCAGGCCGUUCUGGAGGCGUCCAGACAGUCCAUGGGCAUGGACAUCUCUCCCAUCGACCUGAUAAACAUCGAGCGUUUCUCCAGUCGAGUCGUGUCUCUGGCCUCGUACCGACUCGAGCUGCAGGAGUACCUCAGGUCCAAAAUGGGGCAGGUGGCUCCCAACCUGGCGGCGCUCAUCGGGGACGUGGUCGGAGCUCGUCUCAUCUCUCACGCCGGGAGUCUCACAAAUUUGGCCAAAUACCCGGCGUCCACGGUGCAGAUCCUGGGCGCGGAGAAAGCCCUGUUCAGGGCCCUGAAGACCAGAGGAAACACGCCCAAAUAUGGUCUGAUCUUCCACUCCACGUUCAUCGGACGCGCCGCCGCCAAAAACAAAGGUCGAAUCUCCCGUUACCUCGCCAACAAGUGCACCAUCGCCUCCAGGAUCGACUGCUUCUCCGAGGUGCCGACGAGCGUGUUUGGAGAUAAACUCCGCGAGCAGGUGGAGGAGAGACUGUCCUUCUACGAGACCGGAGACAUGCCCCGGAAGAACGUGGAUGUGAUGAAGGAGGCUGUGCAGGAGGCCGGAGAGGUGGCUGCGGAAAUCAAACGCAAACUGGAGAAAAAGGAAAAGAAGCGAAAGAAGAAAGAAAAGAAACUCCAGGAACUUCAAGAGAACGGCACAAACGGAGAAGCAGAGCAUGAGAAUGGAGAGACUGAGCCUGAGGUGAAGAAGAAAAAGAAGAAAAAGCCUAAACCUGAUGCCCCGCAGGAGGAGGAGGAGGAAGCGGCGGCGGCGGCGGCGGAGGAGGAGGAGGAGAACGGAGCAGCCCAAGAAACUCCAGCCAAAAAGAAAAAGAAACGCAAGUCUGAGGCGCAGGAGGGCGGCGGCGGCGAGCAGGAGCCCGAGGAGCCGAGCGCCGAGACGCCGGCCAAGAAGAAGAAGAAGAAAAAGGAGGCGGAGUGAACGGGGGGCGGGGCCAGGAGAGGAAGGAGGCGGAGUAAAGACUCAUUUUUAUUUAGUUAUUUUCUUAAACUCUGAAAUGUGUUUUAGUUUAAACUCUGCUCGAUGAUGUGCCUUUAUAAAUGUUCCUGUAAAUACGACAUUAAAACAAAAUGACACAAA